UUAUUUAUUUUGUAGUCCGCUUAAUUUUAAUAAUUCACCAAUUAUUUUAUUAUCUUAUAGUGAAUACUUAAUAUGUCUGAAAGAAAAGUAUUAAAUAAAUAUUACCCCCCAGAUUUUGAUCCAUCAAAAAUUCCACGCAUGAAACUUCCAAAAAAUAGACAGUAUACUGUACGUCUUAUGGCACCAUUCAACAUGAGAUGUAAGACAUGUGGUGAAUACAUUUAUAAAGGGAAAAAAUUUAAUGCCCGAAAAGAAGAUGCUGAAAAUGAAGAUUAUUUGGGUAUACGUAUUUAUCGGUUUUACAUCAAAUGCACUAGGUGUUUACAAGAAAUAUCUUUUAAAACUGACCCACGUAACACAGAUUACGAAAUAGAGGAAGGAGCUACCCGAAAUUUUAUGGCUCUAAAACUUGCCCAAGAACAGGAAAAAAGAGAAGUAGAUGCUGAAAAGGAAGAAGAAGCUACAAAUCCUAUGAAAUUAUUGGAGAAUCGUACUCAACAAUCUAAACAAGAAAUUGAAUUGAUGGAAUCCCUUGAAGAGCUAAGAGAUUUAAAUAGACGUCAAGGUAAUGUGGAUUAUGAUUCAAUGCUAUUAAAGUACAACCCUGCAGAAUUAAAGGAGCAAAUUAAACGGAUGCAAGAAGAAGAAGAUGAAAAUACAGUAAAAAAAUUGAUGGGAAUUAAGCGUAAGCUUAAUGAAAAUGAAGAUGAAGAGAUAGUAGAAUCUGAAGAUAAUAUAACUAAAAUUAAGAUAUCAAAUGUAAUUACUUCAACAGCACAGUCUAGUGGGAAAAAAAAGGUUUCCAAACUCAACCUCUUGAACUUAGUUAAAGUUAAUAAUGUUUCAAGUACCAACAAAAUAAAAGAAUCUUGUAAUUCAUUAUCACUAAUUGGCAAUUAUUCCAGUAGUGAUGAUUCUAAUUAGUCUAAUAAUAAAUUUUAAUUUGAAAUCAAAGGUAUAGUUAUAA